AUUACGGCAGCAUCUGGGUAACAUUUAUUUUAGUGGUACUAGACAGUUCCUGCAACUGAGGUGUGUUAGCUUCAGAUUGCAGCGACAAGUAAAGGCCUAAGAGGCCUCUGCCGACUACAAUAACUGUAGUCCAUUGCUAAUAGCUAAGCGCUUUCCUAGGGCUUCUCUAAAAUUUGUGGCCGCGUUGGGGCCCCAACGUUUACCUAAGCUGCUAUGUCGCAAUCGACUAGCCGCUUGGCUCGCGCCUCAGAUGGCGCCACGCUUCCACCUCCGACCCCGCUACCUCUGAACCUGCAAACACCUCAGCCCACGCAAUCACCUCCGGCUCCAUCCUCGCUGAUCCUUUCUGCGGAUUUGGCAGGCCUGGAAUCUGCAGCCUCGUCACUUUCGGGCUCCGCAACAUCAUCAUUCACGAAUCUAGGUGUGCCCGCGGGCCUCGCAGCAGGAUUUAGCCACCAACACCACCCACAGCAGCAGCCGCACCACCCCCCCUGGCGACGGCGGUUGCAAACCGAGGGCUGUGGCAACGGCAUCAGCGGUAGUAGCGGCGGCGGCGGUACGAGCAGCAGCAGCAGUAUUCUUUCCGGGCUCGGCCUGGGAGCCCCAUCCAGCGCCGGAAGCGGAGUAGGGAGCGGAGGCCCAGGAGGGGGAGCAGCAGCAGCAGCAGGGGCUGGAGAGGCCGGAAAGGGGGGUCUGCCGCGUGUCCGGUCGCAUGCGUUGUUCCUGCCGGCUGCAAGCGACGACGGUGGUGACGGAGGCGGGUCGGAGGUGGCGGCGGAGGAUGCCGCCUACUGCGAGGAGGAGGGCCUUAUCGUGCCCCGGCAAAUCAGUUUGGCGGAGGGCAGUCCGGAUCUGUCGUACGACAUGGGCUGCCACGCGCUACAGGGUGUGUCCCGCCGCAUGGAGGACCGCGUGCUGCUGUCCGACCUGUCCGCCCACCCGCACUUCGCGGGGGCGCGGCGGGCGGUGCUGCUGGCGGUGAUGGACGGACAUGCGGGCAGCGGGGCGGUGUCGUACCUGGAGGCCCACCUGGGCCCCCACCUGCUGGAGGUGGUGGCGCAGCAGCUGCAGUCCGCAACCCGCAUGCUGCAGCAGCAGUACCGAGGACGGGGGCAGGGGCAGCGGGAGCGGCAGGAGCGGGAGCAGCAGGGCCCAGAGACGGUAACUAACGCUGUUGACAGAAGCAAUGAGGACGCCAAAGCAGCAGCAGCAACAGCGACGGGGGCAGCAGCAGCGGCAGCAGGGGUACAGAACGGCCAUGGCCCGCACGGCCCAACGGUGGUCAACGUCACUGCGGACGGCUGCAACCGACAUGCAGAGGCGGAGGCGGAAGGGGAGCCGGAGAGGGAGCUACCGCCUGUAGUAGAAGGGGCGUCACCGUGGGACGUGUCGCCCUCACGCGGCGGAGGGAGGGACCCAGCGGCGGCGGAGGGGCGGCGGCGGCGGCGGAGCGCCUCCCUGGAUUCCGCAUCACUGUACGACAGCGGCGAUGGCGGUGGCGAAGGAGGAGGAGGAGACGGUGGAGGAGGUGGUUGCUGCCCUUGUUCUUCGCCGCCCGACCCGCCGGGAGCGCUGCGCGAGGCGUUACUGCGUUGCGAGAGGGAGCUGAUGGAGCAGAACUGCCUCAGCGGCUCAACCGCGCUGGUGGGCCUGAUGCUGGGCGCCAGUCUGUGGCUGGCCAACGUGGGCGACUGCCGCGCGGUGGUGUGCGACGACGGGGAGGCGCGGCAGCUCACCAUUGACCACAAGGCGGGGGUGGGGGCGCUGCUGGGGGGAGCGGGAGCAGCGGCGGCGGGAGGAGAAGGAGGAGGAGGAGGAGCAGCUGCUGCCACCCCAACACGAGCAGCAAGCACGGCGGGGGUCGUGGGAGGAUUAGCAGCAGGCGCAGCAACACCACCAGCAGCAGCACCCGCACCCGCACCAGCCGCCUCGGGCUCCCGGACGGAUUCUGGUUACGGUUUCGGAGCUGCCACCACACCUGCUGUUGAUGUUGCUGGCCCCCUUCUGGGCGGAGGGGUUGGGGGAGUAGGGGUGAGGGGGGCCUCCCCACUGGGAGGAGCUGGCGGCAGGUUCAGCAGUUUCGGUGGCCUAGGUGGAGGUGGAGGUGGAGGGGCGGCUUCAGCCAGCCCUGCUGCCGCUGGUACCGGUGCGGGUGUGGGUGUGCUGCUGGGAGCGGCGGAGGGGGAGCGGCGGCGGCUGCAGGCGUUGGGGGCGCAGCUGAGCUGUGAUGGGUACCUGCAGGUCACCGCCCCGGACGGUUCCUGCGGCGACAUCGCUGUGAGCCGCAACCUGGGCUGCGCGCACCUCAAGAACCGCACCACCAGCGGCAGGAGCUUCCGCCUCUCCUCCACCUCCUCCUCUGCUGCUGCUGCGGCCUGGUCUCUGAGGGCCUCCUGGUCCCCGGCUGCCCCUGCCUCCUCCUCAUCAUCAUCACCCUCACCCUCACCACCGCCGGCGGACAACGCAUCAGCUCCCUCAUGGCCGCUGAAUCAUGCACACUCGCAACCCGCUCCGCACCACCACCCCCACCACCACCACCUGCAUCAUCAACACUCUCAACAGCACCACCCCUACCAUCACCACAACGGUGACCACCGCCAUCAGCAACACCAGCAAGAGCAGCAGCAACCGCAGGCUGCUCCUGCCGCGUCAGCUACCUCUGCCCCCGCUGCUCUCCCAGGCGGCAUCGGAGGGGACACAAACGGUGUCAGCAGUGGCGGCGGCGAUAGCAGCAGUACUGCUGCAACUGCCGCCGCCUCCUCAUGUCCCAUGGGUCGGCCUCCGCUUCCACCCAUGAGCCCUGCGGUCCACCAUAACAGCCAUCACCACCACCACCAUCGCCACCACCACCACCACCAUCAGCGCAGCAGCAGCGUGGGCAGUGGCAGCGGAGGAGUGGGUGGCAGCGGCAGCGGCGGGUGGGUGCGGGAGCGGAGUCCCAGUCCUGGUGCCCACAGGGGCAGCUGUCCCUCGCGGCUGGAACCUCUGGUGGAGGACGCGGGCAGCGGCGCGGAGACGAGUGGAGGCGGCGCAGUCAUUCCCCCCGGAGUCAGUGGUGGCGCUGGAGGUAAUGGUGUUGGAGGUGGCUCGCCUGCUGCUGCGGAUGCACGGGUAUCGGGAGUGCUGCCGGCAGCAGCAGAGGUGGAGGCUGCGGCUGCCGGAGUGGUGGCGAAGAGCGGCGGUGACGCUGAGGGAGGCAGCGGCAGCAGCGGCGGCGGCGGCGGGGCAGGAGGGUUGUGCAUGCUGGAAGCUUGUACGAGAACCGUAACCGCAACCACCGUCGCAUUAGGCUCAAUGACAGCCAGUUUAUCAUCGCUGAGUUUUAAAUCUGCGUUUGUACGGCAGCCGGCGGUUGAGGCGGCAACGGCCGCAGCUGCUGGCGGCUGCAGCAGUGACACGGCUACCGGAGCAGCUACAGAUGCUGCUGGUGGAGGUGGUAGUGUUGGGGUGAACGGUGCGGGGCAACUGGAUCAAGAGCAGCAGCAGCAGCAGCGGGGCAAUGGUGCACUGGUGGUGGCUCUGGACGAGGUAGCCGACGGAGGCGGCGAGGAUGAGGAGGGAGACGGUCCUCCGUCGCUUCUGAUUCCGGAUCCGGACCUGUUCCACUACCACAUCAACCAGGACUCGGAGUUCCUGAUUGCGGCUUGCGACGGGGUGUGGGACGUCAUGCGCAACGGGGAGGCGUGUCGCAUGGUUCGGCGCUGGCUGGCCGACGGUCGCUCCGCCGCCGCCGCCGCCGAGUCGCUGUGCCGCGCCGCCGUCAAGCUGGGCUCGCACGACAACUGCUCGGCGGUGGUGCUGCGCUUCAGCGCCAGGCCGCUACCGGGGGCGCCGCCCAGAUCCGCGCUGCGGCGAGUGGCGUCGGAAGCCGUGCUGUGAGGCCCGUGAGCCGCGUGGUUGGUGGUAAGUGUGUGGUGGGCGGCAGGGGGCAGCUUGGGACAGCAUGGUGAGUCGGUGUGUGUGGGGGGGUGUUGCACUGGUUCCAUUUAUGCUUCUAUUCAUGCGAAGACCGUAAGCGGCAGGCAGACAGGCACUGAAGAGGUGCCAAGGGCGUGUUGAGCAGAACGGUUGCGCUGAGAACAAUAAUGCCUGAUCGGCUGCGCUGGGGAAGCGAAGGGUGCUCCGAGGACUAAGUUAGGCCUGCCCCAUGGAGACAUUCGCAACGUUGGCUUUUGUGUCGUGUCCCCGUUACCUGCAGCAGCGCGGGGCGUGUUGACCCGGUGUUUGUCCUACUGGCGCCCAUGGGAGUAAGUCCCAUGGGUUGCGUUCGUACGGCAGGUGUUCUUGUACGACAGAUGAGACAGGUACUGCUGUUGUGGGCUUGCGAUAAGGUUCUAGCUACUGCAGAUAGUCACCAAAACGUAGUCGAACCAUUUGGUGUGGGUUAAGAGAACAGUUGAAGGAGUAAAGAGGAGAUUAACGGUGGCUUUGUAGCUAAUGUCGUAAGGAACUGGGAGGAGAAGGGUCGGAGAAGAGUGUAAGGAGAGAGCUAAUCGAAGCCUAUAUGUAGGGUACGUACCAGCCAUUUAUGGAGCAUUCGUACGACACACGUGCCAGUAGUAAGCGGGGUUGUAGUCGUUUGAUUCGUGGUAACUUCUUCACAGGUUACACCCCUUUCCCCAUGUGUAUUCAUGCGCAGAGCGUGCGCGUGAUGUAGAUACCUCUUUCAUUUUGCGACGGGCUUAGCAAUAAGCUGGGGCCCUUAUAUUUGCCGUCAAGUUUAUAAACACUGUUUGAUAGGUGCAAGUAGCAGGAGAGGACAGCAGUUUUCCACCUUCGGGGUUACGGUAGUGCGUUAAUCGCUGGUGACAUGUGUGUUUUUGCGGAUGGGGACACGCUUGCUCGGACACGAGAGUUCACAUCUUAGCAUAGCGUUGAAGGUGCUGUAGCGCUGAUCUUGAAACGCUCCAGUGUCAAGAGUACCUCGUUCUUUGUGGUUUGUACUGUAGUCGUUUAGCCAGAUAACGUAGACGUCUGUGGAUUGCAGGUCUCCUUGCAAUUUGGCAGUGCAGGUGGAUGCGAAGAGUAGGACGGAUGUGAGGCGUAGGAAGUUGCAGGUAGUGUACGCCUCUGUAACGCAUCAGGG